UGGUUGUCAGCACAUCAGAGGGCAACAACAGCGCAAUUGGGGUUUAUACGAAAUAAAUACAGCUGGUGCAACCGAAAAAUCAAUAAGUCUUUCCAACUCAUACGUAAGCAAAGAUAACAGCUCGACAAAUGCGCAAUAUGUUGGCCCAGUCGAAAGCUUUUGGCAUGCUGCUUGGCUGCCUUGUUUUGCUAAUGGGCAGAGCCCAGGUGCACGCCUAUGACUCCAAGGACAGCAUCUUUGCUGAUGUCCUGUUGACCGAGCUGUUGAAUCGCAUGGAUAAUGACAUGCAGGUGGGUUACUACGAUGUGGAUAAUGAGGGCGACUUGGGAGUGGCGCCUGCUGCUGGAGCUGGUCUAGGCAAAGAUAAUGUGGAUCUGGUGUCGCGCUCCGAAUACGCCAGGCUUUGCAAUGGCGGCAGCGAUUGCUUGCUGCAGUCGGCCAAUACCAAUCCGUCGCUGCGCGAUCAAGAGUACCUGCAGCACAGCUCGCUGUGGGGACAUCAGUACGUGUCCGGUGGCAUGAGCGAGAUGCCCAAUAGGUACAAUACGAUUGUAAAGACCGAUGCCAGUCUGCCAGCCUACUGUAAUCCACCCAAUCCCUGUCCCGAGGGCUACGACAUUGAGCAGCAGGGCGGCAAUUGCAUCAGCGACUUUGAGAAUACGGCCAUCUAUAGUCGCGAAUUCCAGGCUGCACAGGACUGUACAUGCGACAGCGAGCACAUGUUCGACUGCGCUGAUCAGGAUAAUGCCGCAGGUGCCGGACCAGGCAACAGCGAUAUGAACUCGGCUGUGGAGAAAUUCCUAAUGCAUCAGUUUGGCAAUGAAAAUGGAUUGGAGAGCUCCAAUGGUGUGGUCAAGAAGACUGGCCAUUUGGCCGGCCUACGCAUGGAUGCCAUGCCCAAUCCCUUCCUACAGGUCGGCCCGGAUGAUCGUCUACCCAUUGCAGCUAAAAAGGGCAAUAUGCUCUUUCACUAAUCAGGCCACAAUGAACCAAACAUAUAUAUAUAUAUAUUUAUGCACUUACUGUUUGGACAUAUUUGUAGACAGUGUUCAUUUAUAAUAACUUAUCAAAGUCCUUUCUAAAUGUUAUCUCAUAUACAUAUAUAAAGCUCAUGGCAGCUUCCAAGGUACCAAAUAGAACAAUUAAUCAAUAAUAAAUUAUGGCUAGAAGCCAGCUACCAAAACAA